CAUGACGGUGUUGGAAGAGCCAGGGGAGGUAGUGGCGAAAUCGGGCUACGGGACACUGUACAGGGCCAGCAUCGAGCGGAGCGGAUCAGUCGUGCUUCUACGCUUCCUGCUGCCGGCCUGCGUCAGCCGGACCGAAGAGCUGCUUCCGGCGAUCUGUGGGCGAUGUACGCCGGGCCGCGAGGGGACAAGUUUUCCGGUUUGAAAUUCGAACCAGGGCGACGAAAAUAACUCGUAUUUAAUUUACUCGGUCUGGACCGGUCCCUGCCCUCGCGAAAGGUUCGUUCGCUUCGUUUCGUCUCGUUUCUGAAACCCUAACUUGGUACCGCGAUCGAUCAUGGCGACGAUCAGCCUUCGGAAGGCCAACACCCGCCUCCCCCCGGAAGUGAAUCGGGUCCUGUACGUACGCAACCUCCCAUUCAACAUCUCCAGCGAGGAGAUGUACGACAUCUUCGGCAAGUACGGCGCCAUCCGCCAGAUCCGCAUCGGAACGAACAAGGAUACCCGCGGGACGGCCUUCGUCGUCUACGAGGACAUCUACGACGCCAAGACCGCCGUCGACCAUCUCUCCGGCUUCAACGUCGCCAACCGCUACCUCAUCGUCCUGUACUACCAGCAAGCCAAGAUGGCCAAGAAGUCCGACACCAAGAAGAAGGAGGAGGAGAUCACGCGUCUGCAGGAGAAGUACGGCAUCUCCACCUCCAAAGAUAAGUAAUUCUUCACAAAGUCGUAAGCUUUAUCGAAUUAGUUUGUCGAAUUUGGGGCUUCUCGAAUCGAACGCUCUUUUCUAAAGUUUGUACGAAUUUGCGAUGGUUGAGAUGGUGUUUGAACUCUGGUUUUGCAUGCUACAUUGUGAACCCAUUUCAAUAGAAACCAAGCAGAAUUAAGUGAUCAA